AUGGACUUAGUGAACCACAUGACAGACAAGCUGCUUUUUGCAGUUCCAAAGAAGGGCAGACUCUACGAGAAAUGCACGCAGAUGCUGAAAGGUGCCGACAUACAGUUCCGCCGGUCCAACAGACUCGACAUUGCGCUCUGCCUCAACCUUCCGAUUGCCCUCAUCUUCUUGCCCGCCGCCGACAUCCCCACGUUCGUCGGUGAGGGCCGGUGCGACGUCGGGAUCACCGGCUACGACCAGGUGAUGGAGUCCGAGGUCGACGUCGACAUGGGCCUGGACCUCCUUUUCGGCAAGUGCAAGCUCCAGAUCCAGGUGCCCGAAAAGGGCCCCUACAAGCAGCCGGAGCAGCUCAUCGGAAAGACAAUCGUGUCUUCGUUCUCCCACUUGACGAGAAGGUACUUUGAGAAGCUCGAGGGCGUGGCAGAGGGCGCCCCGCUCAAGACCAAGAUCAAGUACGUCGGCGGCUCUGUCGAGGCGUCCUGCGCCCUCGGCGUCGGAGACGCUAUCGUCGACUUGGUGGAAUCUGGCGAGACGAUGAAGGCCGCAGGCUUGCACCCGAUCGAAACCAUCCUCGACACCUCGGCCCACUUGAUCUACUCCAAGCAGCCCUCCCACCCGGAGUUGCUCGAACUCAUCCAGUCCCGGUUCGAGGGCCUCCUGGCCGCCCAGAAGUACGUCUUGUGCAACUACAACGCCCCAAGAGCAGAGCUUCCACAGUUGUUGAAGAUCACCCCGGGCAGAAGAGCCGCCACCGUCUCCCCGCUCGAGGACGACGGCUGGGUCGCCGUCAGCAGCAUGGUCGAGAGAAAAGACAUCGCCACCAAGAUGGACGAGUUGAAGUCCUUGGGCGCCUCCGACAUCCUCACCUUCGAAAUCACAAACUGCAGAGUUACCACUUUUCCAUUAAUGUCCCAGUCAUCAGGAUCCCAGAAAGGCAAUUCCAAAGCAUCAAAGAGUGAGUAUAUCGAUUACAACCAGUCUGUACCGUCCGAGGGCCCCAACAGAUCUCGAGAACAAAGCUUGAAUCAGUACAACCUCGAUCGUGACUUUGAAGACAACCUAGACAUAGCAUUGGGGAACAUAGAUCAGGGGAACUUCAAAAGAAACCCGUUCAACUCCAACAACAACAGCAGCAACAACGUCAACAAGUCGGCAGACAAUCUGGACUCCUACUCGUUGAAAAGCCUGCACAGACCGUCAAACGUCUCCGACAACUCCAACUCGAACAUGCUCAACAAGCUGUCAAAUUCUGGCAACUUCAACUUCAAUUCAAACGUAGCAGAAGAUGAUCUCUCCGCCUCUACCAACUCAAUAUGGUCCAAAAGUGUCUCUUCUGUUUAUAACACCACAAAGCGUCUGAUCUUACAGAACAAGAAAAAGAUACACUUGCCCGACGAUUACGAUAAUGCCAACGGCGGCACGAGUCCUUCUGCGCUAGACUACCAAUCCAGAACAAUCAUUCCUCAUAUGGAUUCAGUAUAUUCUUCCAAUGCCGUCUCAAAUGCAAAAUAUAACGCUUUUUCCUUCUUCCCAAUCAUCUUAUACGAACAAUUCAAAUUCUUCUUCAAUCUUUAUUUUCUUUUGGUGGCCUUGUCACAAGCAAUACCUGUCUUGAGAAUUGGAUACUUAUCCUCUUAUGUCGUCCCCUUGGUGUUUGUGCUCUCAGUGACAAUGUCCAAAGAAGCAAUUGACGAUCUUUUACGUCGUCAUAGAGAUCGAGAACAGAACAAUCAGCUAUACGAAGUUUUAGGAUCUUCAAAACUGGUGAUGGCCAAAGACUUGAAGUGCGGGGAUAUGGUCAAGCUACAUAAAGAUAUCAGAAUACCCGCAGAUAUGAUUCUACUUCAGUCCAGUGAGAAAAUAGGAGAGUCAUUUAUAAAGACAGAUCAAUUAGAUGGUGAAACAGAUUGGAAAUUGCGUAUAGCAUGCUCUUUGACCCAAUCUUUGGCAGAAUCAGAACUAGAAAUGAUCAAAAUUCAGGCACAAUCUCCAACAAAAGAUAUCCACAAGUUCGUCGGCAACCUCACAUAUGGGGAUAACACUGUAGGGUUGACCGUAGAUCAAACACUUUGGGCAAACACAGUUCUAGCGUCCGGUACGUGCAUUGGGUGCAUUAUUUAUACAGGUAAAGAUACAAAGCAGGCAAUGAACACCUCCAACCCAACAGUUAAGGUUGGCCUACUAGAGAUGGAAAUCAAUCAAAUAUCCAAGGUCCUCUGUAUUUCUGUUUUUUUACUCUCAGUUGGUUUAGUCGUUUGUCAGGGCUUUAGUGAAGAUUGGUACGUUGAUAUAAUGAGAUUUCUCAUUUUAUUCUCAACUAUUAUUCCUGUUUCUUUACGUGUGAAUUUGGAUUUGGGGAAAUCUGUUUACUCUUAUCAAAUUCAGCAUGACAAUAACAUUCCUUCGACAAUCGUGCGUACCUCAACCAUACCUGAAGAUUUAGGCCGAAUUGAGUAUCUGCUUACUGAUAAGACUGGAACAUUGACCCAGAACGAAAUGGAAAUGAAAAAGAUUCAUUUAGGCACCGUAUCUUAUUCAGGUGAUACUAUGGACCUGGUUAAGGAGUACAUCAACCAUUAUGGCGAGAAUUCGAUGAAAUCAACUAGUAGACGUGAUCUAGGUGUACGAGUUCGUGAUUUGAUUGUUACUUUGGCAAUUUGUCACAAUGUUACGCCUACCAUGGAAGACAACGUUCUCGAAUAUCAAGCUGCUUCCCCAGACGAGAUUGCAAUUGUGAAGUUCACGCAAUCGAUAGGUUUAUCUCUAAUCAAGCGUGAUCGCACUGGUCUCACCUUAUUACAUUCUUCAACAGGUAGAAUCUACGAUUUUGAUAUUUUGCAAGUAUUCCCUUUUAAUUCAGACACAAAGAGGAUGGGCAUCGUUGUAUAUGAUAAAUCAAAAGAUGAAUAUUGGUUUUUGGAAAAGGGUGCAGAUACAGUCAUGAGUAAAAUUGUUGUGCAAAAUGAUUGGCUUGAAGAAGAAACUAACAACAUGGCUCGUGAAGGUUUGAGAACCCUAGUUAUUGGGAGAAAAAAACUCACUCAAAAUGUUUGGAAUGAGUUCAAAUCUUCUUAUGAGAAUGCGAGUUCGGCAAUGUCCAACAGAGAAACUCAAAUGCAGAAAAUUGUCACCCAGUACUUGGAAUAUGAUCUGGAAUUAUUAGGACUAACUGGUGUUGAGGAUAAAUUGCAAGUCGAUGUGAGACCUUCAAUCGAAUGUUUGAGAAAUGCAGGUAUCAAGAUAUGGAUGUUAACUGGUGACAAGGUCGAAACAGCCCGCUGCAUAGGUAUCAGUACCAAACUGAUUUCAAGAGGACAAUACGUACACACCAUAGAAAAAUUGAAAAGCCCUGAAAUUGCAUUGCAGCAAAUAGAAAACCUAAGGUCUAAUCCCAAUUCCUGCUUAUUGAUUGACGGUGAAUCACUAUCUGUUUAUUUACAUUUCUUUCCCAACGAAUUUUUUGACAUCGUUCAAAAUUUGCCAGCUGUUAUUGCAUGUAGAUGCACCCCUCAACAAAAAGCCGACGUUGCCUUAUUGAUAAAAGAGUUGACUGGUAAGAGAGUUUGUUGUAUUGGUGAUGGUGGUAAUGAUGUGAGUAUGAUUCAAUCUGCCAACGUCGGUGUUGGUAUUGUCGGCAAAGAGGGUAAACAGGCAUCAAUUGCAGCAGAUUUCUCUAUUACUCAAUUUUGCCAUGUUACAAAACUCUUACUCUGGCAUGGUAGAAACUCUUAUAAGAGGAGUGCAAAGUUGGCCCAAUUUGUCAUUCAUCGUGGCUUGAUCAUUUCUAUAUGUCAGGUUGUCUAUUCCGUUUCGUCAAAAUUUGAGCCCUUGGCUCUCUUCCAAGGUUGGUUGAUGGUCGGUUAUGCUACAUGUUACACAAUGGCUCCUGUCUUUUCACUUGUCUUGGAUUAUGAUGUCAGUGAAAAUUUGGUCACCUUGUACCCAGAGCUAUACAAAGAGUUGACGGCAGGGAAAUCGUUGUCAUUUAAAACUUUUUUUGUUUGGCUGUUUGUUUCCCUUUACCAGGGAUGCAUUAUUCAGGGUAUUUCCCAAGGCUUGCUUGGACUUGAGAUUACAUCAUUUACAUCAUUAGUGGCUCUUUCAUUUACUGCCCUAAUUUUAAAUGAGCUUGCGAUGGUUGCUCUUGAAAUCAACACCUGGAAUCAAUCUAUGCUUUACUCGGAACUGGUGACUUUGGCCAUCUACAUUGGAAGUGUUCCGUUUUUAUCUGAUUAUUUCAACUUAGGAUAUGUGGCGAGCUUCUCAUUCUACUGGCAAUGCAUUUUAAUUUUGUCAGUCAGUUUACUACCUAUCUGGGCAGCAAAGGCAAUCAAUCGUAAGCUACGUCCUCCAACUUACGCAAAGGUUCAACAGGUGUAG